UGACAGUUAAUCCAAACAGCUAAGCAGAUUAUUUUGAUUUCAGAGAGAAAUAGAAAAUCUGUAUUUUUUUGUAUGCAUGUUGUCUGAUGUUGUACAAAUAUCGCCUUUUAUUGUCACACUACUAUUUACUAUCUAUCUUAAAAGAUUUAAAUCAGAUCAAGAUCAAGAGAACCUUUAAUAAUCGAUUUGUUGACUUGUCUGUUUGUUCAUAAAUAUAAGAAAGAAUAUUGUAAAAUAUUAAAGCAACCAACAUGACCUCUAGUUUAUUAGUUCAAAAACUGAUGUCAGUAAAACUAAAUACGGGCGAAUUCGAAAAAAUAAAAUGGCUUAGAGCCAAUAAUGAUGAGAAAACUUUUAAAACAGUAUCAUCACUAAGAAAGUUAUUACAAAAUCCAAGGUACAGAAAAACAUGCAGGCUGUGCCUCAAACCGGGCAGCAAGAGGAUGUUUGGCAGCAAUGAUUUUGAUAUAGCUGUUGUAAUCAAACAACUGUUGCAGAUACAGGUAACUGAGGAUGAUAAUAAACCGCAGUACAUUUGCAAGGCAUGUGAAGUAGUACUGCGGAAUGCAGACCAGCUCAGGCAAACUGCUGAGGUCACCCAGUGGAGACUGCAACAGGAACUUGAACUAAUGACAAGUAUGGAAUCAGAUUCCGAAGAGAAAGAAAAGAAGCCCCAUGGAGGCUACUUUGUGAAAAAAGGCGCGACUGUCGUACGGGAAUGGACUUGUGCAAAAUGUCGACAAAUAUUUGAUAGCCAGAAAAUGUUCACGGAACAUGGAAAACUGCCGUGUUCUCGCGGCGAUAAGAGUUUCGUGUGUGAAACGUGUGGGCUGGAGCUGAAGUCCAUGACGAGAUUGAAGAGACACAUGCUCAUCCACACAGGAGAGCUGCUGUAUCCAUGUAUCCAGUGCCCAUACCGGGCUCGUACUAAGUACGCGCUGAUGGUUCACGAGCGAGCCCACAGCGGCGAGCGGCCCCUGACCUGUCCACACUGCCCGGCCACCUUCCUCAACUCUUCAAAUCUCGCCUCGCAUAAGAGGAGACACCUACCGCCAGCCUAUCACUGCCACGUGUGUGUCAAGAGCUUUAGAUUUAAGGAGGCGCUGCAAAAUCAUUUAGCUACACAACAUAGCACAGCUAAGCCCCAUGUCUGCAAUUCGUGUGGAAAAGCCUUUUCAACUAGAAAGAUGAUACGACGUCACGAACGUAGAGUCCACAAUAGACCGAAGUUGCGUUCUGGAAUCCUGCCUACAUACUUACGACAGCAGCAGCAGGAACAAAUGACUUAGAUAUUCAAGCUCCAAGAGACUAUCUCAGUAUUAGCAGAGUUCUAACAAAGUGUCUUAAUAAUUUGAACUUAUUAAAGCAAAGUGUAUGAUAAGUGAUGUUCAGAACAGCAACAAACAUGGGCAACAAAGAUUGUAGAUAUUUAUUUGUUUAACCCGUGGUAUGCCAGAGCACAGAUCUAUGCAAGACACAUGUUUUCUAUUGUAUCUCAUAUACUGACAGACCAGUAUAUGUUCAUGGAAAACUUAUCAAACAAACUUCAACUGAGUUUGUAUAUAAACUUCAACUUUUCAAGUCCUGGAAGCUAGAAUUGCUCAGAUUUAUAUUUGUAUUUAGCUACAACUUAUUGGUCAUAUUGUAAAAAUGUAUAUCAAUCAACCCCGGGUUGCCUAAAUUUUUCAAGUAUUUAAGUUAACUUUACUUUUGUAAAAUAUUUUUUUUUACCCUACGAUCUAUACAUUCUAUGAAUGAUCAAUAAAUCAAGAUUUUUAAACUAUGUAUCAUAAAAUAAUUAAAUUUUAAAGUACACUUAAUAAAUAUAGCUAUAAG